GAGGAGCCAGGCGAGGUGCCCACGGCGCGGGGAUUCCUCCUGGGAGGGUCAUGGCAGGUCACCUUGGCCUUCUCUUAGGAGCAGUACUCAUGGCCAGUCUCAUGUUCGGGGUUUCUCCCUGCUCCUCUGAUGACCAGACGGCCUCAUUCCGCUUUUGCAACCUCACCCAGAUCCCCUGGGUUCCCAGUGCCAUUGUGAACCUGCUGCUCAGCUUCAACUAUAUCAGGACAGUCAACGCCACAUCGUUUCCCUUCCUGGAGCAGCUCCACCUGCUGGAGCUCGGCACCCAGUUUACCCCCUUGACUAUUGGCUCAGAAGCCUUCAGAAACCUGCCCAAUCUUAGGAUCUUGGACCUGGGUCAAAACCAGAUUGCUGUCUUGCAUGUGGAUGCUUUUCAGGGGCUGACUCAUCUGCUUGAACUUAGACUGUUCUCCUGUGGUCUUUCUGAUGCUGUGUUAAGAGGUGGUUACUUCAGAGAGUUGAGUUCUUUAACUCGCUUGGACCUAUCCAGAAACCAGAUUCAUAGCCUCCACCUUCACUCCUCAUUUCAAGAACUGCAUUCCUUGAAGUCCAUAGACUUUUCUCUCAACCAAAUAUCCACUGUAUGUCAGAAUGAUCUCAAGCCCUUGCAAGGGAAAAGUCUCUUCUUUUUCAGCCUCAGAGAUACCAGCCUGUACAGCAAAGUCUUGGUGGACUGGGAGAAAUGCAUGAACCCAUUCAAAGAUGUGAGGCUAGAAACGCUUGAUGUUUCCAGCAAUGGCUGGACAGUGGCCAUCACAAGGAACUUCAGCAAUGCCAUCUGGGGAAGCCAAACUUCCUCUCUGAUUCUUGCGCACCACAUAAUGGGCUCCUCAUUUGGUUUCCAUAACAUCAGAGACCCUGACCGGAACACGUUUGCGGGUCUAGCCAGCAGUUCGGUGAUACACAUGGAUCUUUCACAUGGGUUUCUCUUUUCCUUGAACCCCAGAGUGUUUGAGGCACUGAAGGACCUGAAAUUGCUGGACCUUUCCCACAACAAUAUAAACAAGAUUACAGAUGAAGCAUUUUAUGGACUUGACAACCUCCAAGUUCUCAAUGUGUCUUAUAACCUUUUGGGGGAACUGUAUAAUUCUAAUUUUGAUGGGUUGCCUGAGGUAGCCUACAUUGAUCUUCAAAACAAUCAUAUUGGGAUAAUUCAAGACCAAGCAUUCAGAUCUCUGAAAAAAUUACAUACCUUGGAUCUCCGUGACAAUGCUCUUAAAACCAUUUAUUUUAUUCCAAGCAUACCAACUAUAUUCCUUGGUAACAAUAAACUUACUACUUUGCCAAACAUCAGCUUAGCAGCCAACUUCAUUCACUUAUCAGAGAACAGACUAGAGAGCCUGACUGACCUCUACCUUCUCCUCCAAGUCCCACAGCUCCAAAUUCUCAUUCUUAACCAGAACCGCCUUUCGUCAUGUUACCCAGGUCAAAUCCCCCCAGAGAAUCCCAGCUUGGAACAGCUGUUCCUUGGAGAAAACAUGUUGCAACUCGCCUGGGAAACUGGCUCCUGCUGGGAUGUUUUUAAGGGGCUUUCCCAUCUGCAAAUCUUGUACCUGAAUGAUAACUACCUCAGUUUCCUUCCUCCCGGAGUGUUCAGUGGCUUGGUUGCAUUAAGGGGCCUCAGCCUUGGCUCUAACAGGCUGACGGCCCUUUCUCCUGACAGUUUGCCUGAUCAUCUGGAGAUCCUAGACAUCUCCAGAAACCAGCUCUUCUCUCCAGAUCCUACUGCAUUUGCUUCUCUUAGUGUCCUGGACAUAACUCAUAACAAGUUCGUGUGUGAGUGUGAACUCAGCACAUUCAUAAUUUGGCUCAACCAAACCAACAUCACCAUCUUUGGCUCUCCUGCAGACAUCUACUGUGUGUACCCUGACUCACUGCUAGACACUUCGCUCUAUAGCAUUUCCACAGAGGGUUGUGAUGAGGAGAAAGUCUUACAGUCCCUAAGGUUUGCCCUUUUCAUCUUGGCCACUGUCACCUUAACCCUGUUCCUUGUCACCACUGUCGUAAUCACAAAAUUCCGGGGAUUUUGUUUCAAGUGUUUGAAAACCAUCCAUAGGCUGGUGUUCAGUGAUGGGGCCCGGGGAUCAGAGUUUGAUAGCUACAAAUAUGAUGCCUAUUUUUGCUUCAGUAGCAAAGACUUUGAAUGGGUGCAGAGCGCUUUGCUGAAAUACCUGGACGCUCAGUAUAGUGACCGAAAUAGACUCAACCUGUGCUUUGAAGAAAGGGACUUUGUCCCAGGAGAAAACUACAUUGCCAACAUCCAGGCUGCCAUCUGCAGCAGCAGGAAGACUGUUUGUCUGGUGAGCAGACACUUCCUUAGGGACGGCUGGUGCCUGGAAGCCUUUAGCUACGCCCAGAACCAGUGUCUGUCGGAUCUCAGCAGUGCCCUCAUCAUGGUGGUGGUGGGGACCCUGUCUCAGUUCCAGCUGGCGAGACAUCAGACUGUCAGAGGAUUUAUCCAGAAGCGGCAGUAUCUGAGGUGGCCUGAAGAUGUCCAGGACGUUGACUGGUUUCUCCAUAAACUCUCCCAGAGCAUACUAAAGAAAGAAAAGGGGGAGAGGGAAGACCGCCACAUCCAGCUACAAACCAUAACAACCAUCUCUUAGUCAAAGGAGCCAUUUGGAACUGACCUCAAGACAAAAAUAACUCUUCACUUUGUAUGUCUAAAAGUCACUGCCUGCAUGUGGGGGCAGGGAGGUCCUUCCCAGGGCCUUUUUUCUGUCUUUUUACUUUGUUUGAAGUCGUCUCACUCUAACCCAGACUCACUUGGAACUCUUUCUGUAGCCCAGGCUGGCCUCGAGCUCAUGGUAAUCCUCCUACCUCAGCCUCCAAAAUACUGGGAUUAAAGGCAUGCGCCACCUUGCCUCUUCCCAGGGGUCCUUUUCUGACUAGAAAAUCAACA